UCUCCCAAAUGGGGGUUACUAAUUUGGCUUCUCGCUUUUGAAGUCCCUAUAUAUAAUCCAGACUAUCCAGUGCAAAUUACCAUCUUCCACUUUCCCUCCCUACUCUCUCUCUCUCUCUCUCCCCUUCUGUCUGUUCCAUAGCACGAAAACCCUAAUCGCCAUGGCCGAAUCUCGUCGGAUUUCAGUCCAUCAAGUUCUUGGCGGUGGUUCAGUGGCGGAUGUGUUGCUGUGGCGGAGAUGGUGCGGAGCUGUUAUUUUGUUGGGCUCUUCUACGGCCCUGUGGUUCCUAUUUGAGUGGGCAGGUUACAACCUCUUGUCUUUCACUGCAAAUGUUCUGUUGCUUCUCGUUGCCAUCCUUUUCUUCUGGGCUAAAUCUGCUUCAUUACUCAAUAGACCUUUGCCUCCCCUUCCUGAUCUGGAAAUUUCUGAGGAAUCUGUUUUGAAAGCUGCUGAUGUAGCCCGAGUGUGGAUCAAUCAUGCAUUGUCAGUUGCUCAUGACAUUGCAGUUGGUCGAAAUGUGAAACUUUUUCUUCAGGUUGCCUCUGGCUUGUGGGUAAUUUCGUACAUUGGUAGUUUCUUCAACUUCCUUACUCUGGUCUACAUUGGGGUUCUUCUAAGUUUGUCGGUCCCCGUGUUGUAUGAGAAGUACCAGGCUCAAGUUGAUGAGAAGCUGAUUUUAGCUCAUAAGAUCAUUCAGACGCAAUACAAGAAAUUAGAUGAUAAUAUCCUGAGAAAGAUGCCUCUUAACAAGGAAAAGAAAACUCAAUAAGCCAGUAUCAGUGCACGCUAUGUAGCAUUGACACUGCCAGGCAACAUGACAUCGACAAUCCGACAUGUAAGUUCCAAAGAAAUAGAGGACACGACUCAUUGGGGACACGUUUUACAAAAAUAGUUAUUAUUCAAUUGUAGGAAUAAAAAAGGUUCUAAUUUUCUAAUAUUUAACACUGUAUAUACCUUAAAUCUUACUUUUCAUCACAUCAUUCACAAAAGUGUUCUAACCAAUAAACCAUCAUAUGUCACAAAAAAGAAAGACUUCUCUAAUUUAUAACAAUUAACAAGUAUCUACUACUUCAUUUAGCACCCUGGCGUGUAUUGUGAGUGUCCUGAGAGUGUCCAAAGAAUUUUUUUAGUGUCCCCAGAGCGUCCAAGCAAAAAACAUUGACAAAAAAAUAGGAAACUUCGGAUUUGAGUGUCGGAUGCAUGUCUGGAGAUUGUCGGUGUUCGACAAUUGUCUGACACCCAUAAGUGGCCUCCGACGAAGUGUCCGUGCUACAUAGAGUGACCAUUUACAUCCACAUGCUUUAAGGAAGAGUUGCAGCAGUGAUGUGCUUAAUUUUUGGAACAAUUUCUGCUGCUAAAUCCAACUUGCUGUUUCAUGUAAUUAUAGUAGUGGACUAGAAGCAUUCGUGCUUUACAACAAAUAGAACAUAAAUACAUUUAGAAAAGUGAAAGGAGACGCAAAAAACAUAAAUACAUUUUAGGUAAGUUACAAGUGGCACCAAUCAAAGAGACAAAUAAGAGCAAGUAGAGUUGAGCAAUCCAACUUCCGGGUAGAGGUGUGGGGAAAAAAUCAAAGAGCAAGGCUCUGAAAGAUGAGGGUUGAGGGGUAAUGAAAGGGGACAUUAUCAGCCUACUCAUUAGCAAAAAAAGGGCUAGUGGGCAUAAUUGGCUUUAGAAUCAAUUCAGGUUAUGGCUGGAUGGAGCCUAUACGGGGAAAUGGAUCCAUCUAGACAACUCCUACUGAUUGGGAAUAAUGCUAGCUGAGUCAAGUUGAGCUUGACUUUGUUGCUUGGGAGAUGAAGACUAAUGUUCCCGAGGGAUACUGGUCUCAGUCCUCAAUAUAGAUACUGAUUUCUUAUCCCUUUGAAAGAAAAGAAGAUAUUAUACUAAAAGCUUUAAAGGGUCACAGAGAUGUUCAACUUCUCAGAAAAGCUGCCAAGGUAUAUACUGGUGAUCUAAGUUCAUGCAGUAAGAAGUUCAACUUUUCAGAAAACUGCUUAGGUAGAUGACUAAAUCUGAUGAUCUAAAUUCGUGUACUCAUGGUGGGUUGAAUCAAAGAACCACUCAAGAGUUGCUGGUCAAGUAGUGUGCUGU